AAUGGACAUCUUGAGCUGCUUGUGAAAGGAUAUGCUAUUGACAGUGUGUACUUGUUCAUUGCUGCUGAAUACAAUGAUCAGUACAUCUGGAUGUGGAUCGUGUGAAUUGACCCUGUUUGAUUAUAGGAUUUUCAUUGCUUUAUGCAGGACGAUGUAUUAAGUUGUAGAAGUAGAUUUUUUUCUACAGAAUUCUCGGAUUUAUUGCUAAGGAGAGUCUGGAAUUAGCAUUUCUAUGAACUUUAAGGGAUGGCAGAGUUUAUGGUGUUCAGCUUCAGAAACUGUCAAAUGUGGAUAUAUUCAGCAAAUAUGUUCAUGAUGAAGGAAGCCUAUUUGCUCUGAUGGACGUAUUCAUGGCAAUGCAUGUAUAACAAAUGAGCCUGGAGAUUUAACAUGUUUGUGUGUGGCUGUCACUUGCAAUAACAGCUGAGCAAGCAGAAUUUGAUACGGAAUCACAUAACCUGUUGGCAACUUGACAGAAUAAUUUCAUAAUUAAUAUAACUUUAUUGUCUGAUGACAAGUGACUGGGAGGUGGAGCUGAAUUCUUGAACUGUUGAACUUGGCUUUGAAUGAGUGUAUGUCACAUUGUAUAGCUAUGCUAGUGGAAUUACAUAGCAUUCUUCCUCACUCUUCUUCCACUGUACCUGAAGACCCAUUGCUCACAGCUCACACAAACUUUACCUUACCCUGACCCAACUAAUUUGAUUGGUGACUGGAUGACAUGCUAUUCUAUCCCUUUACUACCUCUGUCAGUUUCAAGCCUUUGAAUUUGGCAUUGGUGGUAAUACUAUAGGACUGUGAAUUGAAGAGGAAAAUACCCUGGACUGUUUGAUUGUCAAAAAACGGUGUUGUUUGGUUGCUCAAGACUGUGUCGGGAUUGAAUAACUUGGAUUAGAAAGUAAUAGGCUUGGACAAACAGGACGUCCGUGGUGAGAUUAUCUCCAAGUUUGUAUGAAGUCGCCAGGUGGAUUGUAUGCCUGUGAUGUCAUUUCUUUUGUGGGUUUCUUCUAAUGUGAGGUAAUUUUGUGGACUGCAAUGGUGCAAAUCAUUGAAUGCAUUAUUGCAAUUUUUUGUUGAAAGGUCUGAAUCUUUUUAAGAUUUCUAAUUGUGGACUGGCUGAAGAGAUUCCAAGGAAAGUGCUAGAUGUGAGGACAUUAUGUUAACCUGAAGUCUUAUGGCAAUUUUGUAUCUUUUAAUCUCCCCAGACAAUUGACAGCAGGAAGUUGUACUGAGAAAGUUGUUUGGUUAACUAAAUCCUACUCGUAAUCCGCUGGAUAUAUUUCAAUUUGACAAAAGGAUUUAGUUGUCCAACAUUUGGUGGAGUUAACAGACACUGAUCACUGACUACUUAACACAGACAGGGAGAUCUGAUGAAAACUUGAAAGAACUGUUUGCCUGGACACAAAGAGUUCAGUAUUACACAAUCUGAAACAGACAUCAGAAGCAGACGACAUCUUGGGAAUAUCACACACGAAAUAUUUCCUGGGGAAUAUACAAGUUCCUGUGACAGUAAGGAGUGACGAUGGCAAUCUCAAUAGCAGUGACUCAUACACUGACAGUGAGCUAAUAGCGAACACUCUGUCACCAACUGUUGCGGACAAGCAGACGACACAAAAACAGCCCAGGACGCUAGCUAUGUUUACUGAUAACCGCAAACGCUUUGUGAAUGGAGUACUAGCCUUGUAUAGCCUGUGAAUUCUGAGACGGGUGUAGGCUAGUUUACCCCUCUAUUGAACAGUCUUAGUGUAUCUGGUGAAGUUAGCUCCUAACGUCAUACAUCUAACUUCGGAACAACCUGUGUAUUUGACCUGAAUCGUUGUCACCUGGAACGAUGGGAGCUAAUCAGUCGCAUACUGUAGAGGCGAAGUGGCGAGAAACGGCGGCCAGAGAAGCUACUCUAACCCGGCAUAAUCCCGAACAGGGGCAGAUCAACACUAUGAAGAGUAGCCAUAAUAGUGGACAAGGAAAACCAUCAACGCCAUAUGGUAAACCAAGUGUAGCAGAAGUAACCCAUAAUUCCCUCUCAUUGUCAUGGCAACCACCAAAACUAACCAAUGGUGGCACCAUUAUCGCUUACAUGAUUGAGAUGUGUGUGCUCAAUGGCAAAGACUGGGUUACUUUGACCAAAUCUUGUCAAGGAAACUAUUACAAAGCUCGAAACCUUCAACCAAACACUUCGUAUCAAUUUCGAAUACGAGCCGAAAAUAUAUAUGGUCGAAGUAAACCAGGAAACAUAUCAGAAAUUGUACAAACAAGUUCCUUUGACGUCCAUGACUUUUCUCCCUCCAAAGAAAAGAAACUGACAGUGAGACGAUCGAGCACGAAUACGUUAGUCCCAGUUGAAGGUCGGGUGGCAGCCAUUUUGAAUCAUUCCAGUCCAGUGAUUGAAACAACAUCGGUGAGAUCUCCCGAGGAAUCUCGUGCCACUUUACAACGAGAAGGAUUUCGAUCAUCACUGCCAAGUAAGAAACGGUCUGGCUCAAGUUUGAUUCCUGGAACCAAAACAAACACUCUUGUAAGAUUGCCACCUAAAACUAAAUUCCCAAACAGCCAUGACCUUGAAAUCAAGAAAGAUGGCAAAGGGAGUAACAGAAACAGCAUAGAAGAUUCCGAGGAGAGAGUAGCUGGAGAUAGUAACAUUGACAGUGAUGCCAGAUCUGAUCUUGGCAGUGAGUGUAAUACCCUCAGCCAAUCAUCAGGCAGUGAGUUUCUAGGGAAGGAACAUCAUUCAGAUGGAGGUCCAGACAUUGAGGAUGAACCUGAUGGCGAUCACAGGGUAUCGGAGGACAUGAUGCUGUCGGCACCAGUUUGUGAUGUUAAACUGGCAUUGUACUCUCGAACACUGGAAUCGUACUCGGAUGAGAAACUGCGUUUCCUUAGUGACGAGGGAAUAGACACAUCGGGUCCUGUGAACCCCGACUUCCGGACUCUUCGUAGUAUGUUGCAGUCCUCUGAUGUUAUCAUUAAACCCACGCAGUCACUUCCUGAAAUAUCUGAUGUGUGUCGAGGGAAAGAUGGGCGUGGGUCAUUACGCAACAAACUGACCCCGAUAGUUGAUGAAGAAGAUGAUGACUCAGUUCAAGUGACAACAUUGUAGCAAUGUCCAACUGUUUCAUCAUUAAAAUGACAAUAUGCAACAAUUUGCUUGUGUGAGGCUUGACCUUUUUGGGACUGAUGAGACAAAUGAGAUUGAAUUGAAAUGUUCAUCUCUUAUCAAUUAGAAUCUAUCAUUAAUAGGCAGCUUAUAACAUUGACAUGACACGACAAGACAUGACAAGAAACUAGAAAGGCAUGGUAUAAAUGGAGUUAUAUCUCAGCUGGUAAAUGUCAUAUUUGUUGGUGUCUAAUUGGAGUUUUAGCCUGGUUAGCAAACAUGUAUGUAAGCAAUAAAUGGAGUUAUGUAUAUCUUGAAGCAAACAUGUUGGUCCUAUGAAUGGGUUGUAUCAUUCAUAACAAACAUCGUGUUUGAUGUUGAUGGGUUAAUAAUGGGAUUUAUUCAAGUAUAUGAACACAUACAAAUUUCAGUUUUAUAUAUAUCUUGUAAAAAUAUAUGAUAUCAGAUAUAAGUAAAACUUUCAGUCUUUAUAUCUCAAUAUCUAUCAUAUACAUGUAUAUAUUACAGUAUUUUGUUCAAACUGGUGCUGACUGUCGGUAUUCUUUAUCUAUGAAUAUAUACGUGAAAAUACUUCCUUCUAUUUCGGUAAAGGUAUGCCAACUUUUCAUUUCUUUAUUUCAUUACAUGUGCAAAAUAUUUAAUAAACUGACAAUAAAGCGGAACUAUGAUUUAAGUUUUAUGGCAUGAUAUAUUGAGGAUGAAUAUUACUUCUCGUUACUCUGCAUAUAAUCUGUUACAUACAAAAUAUAUCUUAGAGAACUUCAUCACAAUGAGAAUGAGUUAUCUUUUAAUGGUACAAGUUUAUCUAAAUACCUUAAGUGUGCUAUGUUUCAAUCUAAAACAAUUCUAAGGAAUAAUGUAAAAAUUUUGUCAAUUCCAUUUCAUUAAUAUUUUGCAUGCAUUCUGUAAUCAAAUGUUCAAAAAGGGAGGUAGGCUUACAAUUACCACAAAUAGAUGAAAGUAUAUAGGUGAGCCAUACUGUUUCCACAUUUUAUCACGUGUCUGUUCAAACUAAAAUAUCUCUAGUAGCUUUGAUUUCUUUCUUACAGAAAAAAACCCAGGCUUUUUUCUUGCUAUGUUUAUUUCAAGACUGAAAGAAACAGGUGUUGAAACUAUAGUUGUUGAAGUUUAAACCUCUCUGUCCAUUGGAAUUGAGAAUGGAAUUUAAUGUUUACACUUUGACUUAUCCCAGCGAUUUGUUGAGGGACGUGUUUUGUGAAGGUUGACAUUCCGCAGUUCAUCAAAUGGCUAGUGGAUAAAGUUAUUUGGACAAGGCAUGCCCGCUUUGAACUGUCACAUUUAUAUAUUAGGUGAAGGCAUGUCAGAGCUUUGUUAACAUUGUGUCAACAUAUUUUCCUGACAUAUUUUCUCGAUGCAAAUUUAAGACUUUAUCACAAUGCUCAAUUUCUUGUACUCUCUUCAUACUUUCAACUUUCGGAAGAAUGUACUGUGAAAUUGAUGUAUGCUUGUGAAAGAAUGGUUUAUAAUGGAUAAUUUUCAGAUUUAGUCCAAGCUUACCAUAAUAUAGUGCUAUUAAUUUAUCAAUAUUUUUAUGGUUAAAAAUAGUGUGAGGCUUUUAUCAAAAAGUAUUAAAGAUGACUGAUUACACAAUUUGCUUACAAAAUUGUGGCCUUAGGCUGGUAUUGUGAAUCUGCAAUUGACAUGGAAAUUCUCCCGGAUCAUCAUACAUAUUUCACUACAUAUAUAUAGCAUGUGAAUAUAUUUGUGCUUAUAAGAGUUUCUUACAAGGAGAAUACAGGUUUUUGUAUCUAUUAUAUCAUAUUUGCUUGUGUCAGUUGUGUAUGUGGAUGUAUAAAAAACAUGAACCUCGUAACGUUUAAAUUUAGUAAAAUGUUUAUUUCAAUA